AUGCCGCCACCAAUACCCAAAUUGAAGUUUCCUCCCGCUGGCAUGUCCAAGAAGACUAUCCCAGGGAUUGAUAUACUACAAGUUAUGUGGUCUUCAGAGCACGUUGUACCAAUAAACUCGAAAAUACAACUCACCAACCCCAGACAUCCCAGGCACGAAGUCAUGAAGCGCAAAUGGGAAUCUCGCACUGAUCCUCUGUGGUGGAACUGCCUGAGUUCCAAACAAAUCAGUAUGAAGAGUGUAGUUCGUUCCUGGGUCAACAUCAGGGCAAGACUGGCGAUUGUGAAUGCGCUGAAACGGAAGGGAUACGAUACAAAUGGCUACAGGAUUGACGGCAAUGGUGACGAGGCCCCCAAACCCAACCUCGUAGGCAGCUUACACUUGAGUACGCGCCCUGAGCUUCUACGUGCGAAGUGGCCAGACGUGGAGGACCAGGCCGACAAAAUUAUUGCAGAGGUUGAGCGACUGCAAACGGACAAGGCAAAGCCGAAAAGGAAGAAGAGAACGAUGGAGUGA